GUGGCCGUGGCGGUUCCCCGCUUUGUUCCCAUUGGGCGGUGGGCUUUGCAUGACAGAGCUCCUCCAAGAGCCGCCUGCUUGGGGGGCAUCCACAUCCCUGUGGUGCACAGGAGCUGCUCGGGGUCCCGUGUUGCAGGCAGAGCCGAGAUCUCGUUUUCCUUAUGCAGCCCCACAGCUACGUGCUGACACUGGCAGAGUGCGUGAAGCUGACAAAGAGCCCCGGGGAGAGCGGAACCCAACCACCUGCUGCCACUGGGUUGGCCCCAUUCUUCCCAACCUUUGUGUGGGCUGUGCGGGAUUUCACGCUGCAAUUGGAGGUGGAUGGGCAGGAGCUCUCCGAGGAUGAAUACUUGGAGAAUGCACUGAAGCUGAGGGGUGGCAGCAGCCCGGAGGCCGAACACUACAACCGCCUGCGGGAAUGCAUCCGACAGUUCUUCCCCGAGAGAAGGUGCUUCAUUUUCGACCAGCCUGCCAGCAAGAGGGAUCUGCCCCGCCUGGAGGAGCUCCCGGAUGAUAGGAUGGACUCCGAGUUCCUGCAGCAGCUGGAGAAAUUCUGCAGCUACAUCUGGCUGAGCUCUCCACCAAAGACCAUCCCCAGUGUCUGCAAAGUGACCGGGGAGAGUGAGUGAUGCUCUCUUGGCAGUGGGGCGUGCAGGAGCUUUUCUGCCUCUGUUUGGGGCUCCUGGGUGUUGGGCUGGGUUGGGAGGGAAGGAGCAGGAGAAGCACUCGGGGAUGCUGGGGGGGGGCAGCAGGGCUAUGGCUGCACCCAGGG